AUGUUAAGUGUGAACAAUCCAUCCCCAAAGCACAAGCACAAGCACAAAAACACAAUCUCACUAUCAAGAUUUUCACUUAGAUUUCAAAAUACCAAGAAAAAAAUCAUGAAGGGAAUUGUGAUAGCAAUGUUGGUUGUGCUAGCCCUGGCUCACCCAAUGGUGCAGCAAGGAGAGGCAGUCAAUUGCGGCCAAGUCAACUUGAAUUUAGCCCCUUGUGUUACCUACCUGACCUCCGGGGGCGUACCCCCAGAGGCAUGCUACAAAGGGGUGGAAAACAUCAAGGCAAUCACGCAAACCACUGCAGAUAGGCAGCAGGCUUGUGAAUGUUUCAAGGCGGCCGGCAAUCACUUCCCUAAUGUUAAGGAAGAUGCAGCUACUACUCUGCCUGGCAAGUGUGGAAUUGCGUCGAACAUCCCUAUCUCAAAGAGCAUCAACUGCCAGAAGUGA